GAUAUAUGAGGCUUCGCUCUUCAUCUCUAAGGGGACAAACAACAUUGUUCUGUUUUCAGAGAGCAGCACGGACAGAGACAGCUUUUCACAGACACCGACGGGAACAGGCUGGUCUGUUUAAACGGGAUAGAAAGAUAGACGACACGCAGGCUGUCCAUAUUGAAUAAAUAAAGUGUAUCUCCACUGGAGCGCUUUAAAGCAGAGGAUCAGUGCAGAGGAAGGUGAGCUGCCUCACACGCUGUAGUCGAGGCAGGCGGCUCGCCGGGUGAAACAUGGUGUUCUGCUGAGCCUCAGAUAUCCACAGUGACUGAUUCACCAUGAAAGAUACAGGAGAAUCGAAGGACCACCAACUAACAGUGGCUUUGCGAAUCCGGCCUCUGAGCGAUGUCGAGAUAGAAGAAGGGGCUGCAAUAGUAGCCCAUCGAGUCGACGACCAGAUGGUAGUGCUGAUGGACCCUCUGGAGGAUCCAGACGACAUCCUGCGAGCUCAUCGUUCCAGGGAGAAGACAUACAUGUUUGAUGUGGCCUUUGACUACACAGCCACACAGGAGGAGGUAUACAGGGCCACUACAAAAGGGUUAAUCGAGGGCCUUAUAUCAGGAUACAAUGCCACUGUGUUUGCCUAUGGACCCACAGGUUGUGGGAAGACUUACACUAUGUUGGGCACCGAUAAGGAGCCUGGCAUCUAUGUCCGAACUCUAAAUGACCUGUUCAAAGCUAUCGAAGAGACCAGUGAUGACAUGCAGUACAGCGUCUCCAUGUCUUACCUGGAGAUCUAUAAUGAGAUGAUCCGCGACCUGCUGAAUCCAUCUUCUGGCUUUCUCGACCUCAGGGAGGACUCAAAGGGUGAGAUCCAGGUAGCCGGCAUCACAAAGGUCUCCACUGUUAAUGCUCGUGAGAUCAUGGAGUUGUUAAUGAAGGGGAACAAGCAGAGGACUCAGGAGCCGACGGCAGCCAAUCAGACAUCCUCACGCUCUCAUGCUGUCCUCCAGGUGGCCGUGCGGCAGCAGAGCCGAUGCAGAGACGUCCUGCAGGAGGUCCGCUUCGCUCGGCUCUUUAUGAUCGACCUUGCCGGCUCUGAACGUGCUGCCCAGACACAGAACAGGGGACAGAGGCUGAAAGAAGGCGCUCACAUAAAUCGGUCUCUUUUGGCGCUGGGAAACUGUAUCAAUGCCCUGAGCGAGAAAAAUGGCAACAAAUACAUCAACUACAGAGACAGCAAGCUGACGCGACUGCUUAAGGACUCUCUUGGUGGGAACAGUCGGACAGUAAUGAUAGCUCAUAUAAGUCCUGCUUCAUCCGCCUUUGAAGAGUCCCGUAACACGCUGACUUAUGCUGAUCGUGCCAAAAGCAUUCGCACACGGGUGAAGAGAAAUUUGCUGAAUGUGUCCUACCACAUUGUGCAGUACACCAGCAUCAUUGCAGACCUGCGCAGCGAGAUUCAGAGACUGAAAAAGAAGAUUGCUGAGCAGUCUGGUCGUCAGAGCAAUGCUGACAGAACAGACAUACGGCAUGUGCAGGCAGAGGUCCAGGCUCACGCCACACAGCAGAACCGUGCGGAGAUGGACCAGCUGAGGGAACAGCUAAUUGAAGCCUUCAGACAACAGAUGGAGAUCAGAAAACGGCUAAUGGAGCUGGACAACACGAACAUGGAGAUCCAGAUUGACACAUCCAAACACCUGCUAACCAUUGCAGACUGGGAGCAGGAACGCAGCAGGCACCGCAGGAAGUGGCAAGGUGAACGGAGGAAAGAGAGUUUUAACAAGGACGAGAGUGAAAAGGAUUCAGACACUCCGGAUUCUCCUUCGGACAGCACCAAGACUCAGGAGGUGGCAAUGGCCAGAGAGAACCUGGUCGUGCUCAUGGCUGAACAGAAAAAAAUACGCAAGCAAAAGGCUGGGUUGGAGCGCCUCCUAGUGGAGUUGCGUGAAAGAGCCCGGCGUCUGGAGGAACUGCUGCCAUGCAGGGUGAGCUCAGAGGAGCAGCGGGAGGUCCUUGGGCUCCUCUGUAAGGUGCACGAGCUGGAGAUUGAGAACGCAGAGAUGCAGUCGCACACGCUUCUCAAGGACAAUGUCAUCCGCCAGAAGGAUGUGGUGGUGCAGCGCUUUGAGCAGCACAGGCAGCUGUGCCAUGAGAUCAUCCAGCAGCAGCGCCAGUUCAUCGACAGUGAGUGUGUCAAGAAAGAGCAGAGGGAUCACAGUCUGCUGGUGCCUCCGCAACUUCAGGAGCUGUAUGAUAUGUACAUUAGAGAAUUGGACGAGAGAAAUCUGGACCGAUUCGUAGCUUUAGACAAGGCCACCAUCUAUAAUCUGAAGGAGGGUUCUCUGCCCAAGAUCGCCCUCCCCAGCAGAGGACGUGACCCCUUGCAGGAGCUGGAUUCAGAUCAGGAGAGUGUUCGCACACUGGGGUCAGAAACCAGACAAGGAAGGGUCAAAGUGCGAAGACACACUUUGCCUCCCAUUUUACCUGAGUCUGACGGUGACAGUAACCGUGUGUUUAAGAGCAGCCCACAUGCAAAGCAGAUGAAGAACUCUGUGGUCAUGACUCCUCCACCAAUUCACAUCAACGGACAGGGCAACCGAGAGUUGUUGCCGAGUGCGUUAGACGGAGUUCUGAGCUACAGCCUCUUGAGCCACAGUGUGAGCAGCCACCUGGACUCCUCACCUGAGAGCAGUGAGAACGGAACUGAAGCUCCUCUCACUCCUAAAGAGAGACAACAGAUUCUAAGAGGUGUGCACAGCAUUGCAGUGAAAGCAGCACGGCGCCGUUCCAAAGCAAUAGAAAUUGAUGCCCUGCGUGUUCCUCCACCUCCUCCUCCCUUGGCUCUGGAUUCAAAAAAAAAUAAGAAUAUACUGUAUUUAACCGAUGCGCCUCUAAAAAGGCUGGUGGUGCGUCGAGGACGGCAGCCAAGCCCAGAGCUCCGCCAUGCCACAUCAGACGACAAUCUGUCGAGCAGCACAGGCGAUGGCCCUGUCCCAAACAGCACCUGGACACGACCCAGGAACCGCCAGGCUGUGCCCAAAAACACUGGCCCACGGGAGCAAGACUUUGAGGCUCGCAGACGUAAAAGAAGAUCUCGCUCCUUCGAGGUGACUGGACAAGCUUUAACUCAGGGGAAGAGCACCAGCCAACGUUUCCGGCCUCUUGAUAGCACUUCUGACCCACACCUACACAUUAACGGUCAGCCUCCUGCACCCCUCCUGCGCCCUCAGCACAGAGCUCCGGUUCAGCUUGGCAAAGCUCGACCCUCCCACGCCAACCACCAGACAGGUUCAACAGCAGAUGCUCCCUUGAUCAACCUUCCCUCCCACCAUAGCAACGUUAAGCACGGGCCCCAAACCAGACAGCCCCAGCCGCUCCUCUACGUCACCUCUACAGGCGCUGGAGGUCAUCGCACUCGCAAACACUGAGGACUCUUUCAUUGACUCAUCAACACCAAGGCUGCACUUGGAGAAAGACUCAACAUGCCCCCAAUACUAUCUCUUUUCAAGAGACUGGAAUCCAAGACAUAACAUUUCUCUUUGUCCCAAUGCCUGUGUUACACGUGACAAUCAAAUUCAAUACAAGCCCAGAGAGCAACCUAACUGUUACCUUGUGCUAUGUAAAGACAAACUAGGUUACGAGCCUUGCAUAACUUUGGGGGACUCCUGUGUUCCUAUAUGUGUUUCUGCUGGUGCGCUUGAAGCUUAUCUCUGACGUGUAGCACGCAAGUGCUUUUAAUCAUUUGCAAAUCCAUUCAAUUAUAUAUCAACAUGUAUUGAUUGUCAUGGAUUCAGAGGAUGCAGAACAAUUUAAAAAAAUUGAAACUGCAGAUAAUUUCGAAAAAGAAGGGUUGUUUAAGCUGAACAGUUUUGACAGAGGGUAUAAUCCUGCCUUGAAUGUUUUGGGUUUUAGUGUAUGAUCAUGCCUUAUGGUGUGUGUGUAUUAUGUGAUUCAAACCUUCAAAACGUAAUUCAGUGUAUUUAGGCUGAAUGUUAACCUUUUUUUUUUUUACAAAUCCAAGUAUGGGAGUGAGUGAGGUUUCUCCACAAGGGAACAGUAUAUCUCACAGGUCUCAUGUUUGCUUAAGAGAUGCUCGGUUCAUAGUGUUUUCAUUGUCUCACAUGCAGUGGCACACUCGGAAAACAAAGUACAUUAUUGUACCUUUAGCCGUACAACGACUUGUCACUGGUGCAGUACCUUCUAAGGUAUUUUUUGUACCCUUUAUAUACUGCUUGGGAACAUGUAUGUACCUCUUUGGCCCUAAAAAGGUACACGUAGUUUACCUUGAGGUCCAAUAAUGAGCACUAGGGGGUAUAUUUGUAAAGAGUGUACCUUGGGGGACAGAAAUGGACUCCAGAUCUACCCCUAUUCCUUUCAGUCCAGGGUAUAAUUUCUGUGGUUACUGUCAUAACCUCUGAGCUUCUGUGGAAUGAUCUGGAAAUGCCAGUCUGUUUCAUUUGCCGAUGUCACUUUUUUAAUGUUUACUGUAAAGGACUAAUAGGAUUUACCCUCCAUUUGCCUCAGAUUGGUACUUCAGCUGCAUUUUCUCUAUAGACAACAUAUCCCUUGGUAGUCCAGACACAAAUUCAACAUAUCUACAGUAUGUAUUUAUCACAUUCCUGCACCUCAGAAGACGUUUUAAAUCAACAUGCCUUUUCUUUGAUGGGUUUUUUUUCGUAUACAU